AUCUAAGGAUAAGAAUAUUAGUAACAUGAAUAAAGGCCGUGUUAGUCUUAGAUAUGGGAGAAGCUAAGAGAAAAAGACAUUAUGGUUUCAGCUCAUGCAUAACUAUGAAAGUGGAUUGUAUUUUUCAUUACAAAUUCCAAACAUGAAUCUUAAUUUUUCUUUUUACUGGCCACAAUUGUUCAACCACAUGGAAUCUGACUCUCCAAGGAGGAUUUUGGCUACUGUUGCUGGGAAAUCUUAAUAGACCCAAAUUAUCUUAUUAUUUGAGAUGGUGAGGAUGGAGGAGGGGGGGCUGAGAGACCGGGGGCGAGGUCCCGGAGUCGAGAGCCGGCAGAUCCUGGUGGAGCUUGGGGAGCAGAACUUUGAUGCCAUUGUGCUGUCUACAUAUCGAACAGCAUGCAAACUGAGGUUUCUGCAGAAGAGAUGCAACUUGCACCUGAUCGACAUAUACCAUGUGAUUGAGGCUGUACGAGACGCUGGCUUGAAUACUGUGGAGCUGCACGCUGGUAUCUCAGUCACUCGCCUGGAGAACCUGGUCUCUUCUCUGUUUAAUCAGCUCAGUAAAAGAUUGCCCACCACUUACACCAUCAACCCCAGAGAGAGCACCGUGCUGCUGGUCCAGCUCAUAUUGGCCACUGUUGACAGUGAUCCUGAAGGUCGGCUCACUGUGCUCUCUGUGAAGGCUCUGCUGUCUGUGCUCUGUGGAGGGAAACUGGUCGAUAAACUCCGUUAUGUAUUUUCUCAGGUCUCUGACUCCCAUGGAGUUCUGGUGCUGCCAAAGUUUGAUGUUUUUCUGAGAGAGGUUCUGAAGUUGCCCACUGCUGUCCACGAGGGGCCGUCCUUUGGAUACAACCACAGUUUAGCCCGCUCAUGCUUCCCACAACAGAAGAGAGUUAUGCUGAACAUGUUUCUGGACAUUGUGUCAGACCCUCCCCAGUGUCUGGUGUGGCUCCCACUGAUGCACCGCAUGGCCAACGUGGAGCAUGUGUACCACCCGGUGUCUUGCUCCUAUUGUCGUAGUAAUGGGAUGACGGGGUUUCGAUACCGCUGCCUCCGUUGUCGCGGUUACCAGCUGUGUCAGAACUGUUUCUGGAGAGGAAACACCAGCGGCUCUCACAGCAGACAACACCAGAUGAAGGAGCACUCGUCCUGGAAAUCCUCAGCCUCAAAGUUUGGCCGAGCUCUUGGGAAGACUCUGGGGUGCGUGUCAACACGAGAACCUCCUCACCCCGUGUACCCUGAGGAACCAGAGAGAACCCUCAACCUUUCCAACAUUGUACCUACUCGACCUAUCGACGGUGAAGAUAUGAUGCUGUCCCCUGUGGUGCCAGAAUCAUCUAAAAGUUUGUCAGCUGCUCAGAGAAUGAAUGAGGAGCAUGCACUUAUUGCAGCUUAUGUGAAUCGGCUCCAGGGCAGCCCAAGUGUGGACAGCCCAAGCCGACAAGAUGAGGAGCACAAACUGAUCGCCCGCUACACAUCCCGUCUGGCAGAAACUGAAGGAUCAGGCAUGAUACCAAAUCGAAGCAUUAACUUUGACGCCAAUAAGCAGAAGAGGGAGCUGAUUGCUCAGUUGGAAAACAAGAACAGAGAGAUUUUGGCUGAGAUCAAGCGUCUUCGUGUAGAGCAUGACGCAGCGUGCCAUCCCAGUCCAGAGAAGGGCACCACAAAUCCCACUCUCCUGGCCGAACUGCGCCAACUCAGACAGAGGAAGGACGAACUGGAGCAGAGGAUGUCGACGCUGCAGGAGAGCCGCCGGGAGCUCAUGGUGCAGCUCGAGGGACUCAUGAAAUUGCUCAAGGCUCAGGCUGCUGGCUCGUCCCAUGCCUCCCCAGCCCGCCCCAGUCCAGUAGCUGGAGUGCGCUCUGCCCGAUCGGCCUCUCCUCACACCCACAUGCACCACCACCACGACUCUCUGGCUGGGGUCGGGGGAGACGUUCAGGAGGCUUUUGCCCAAGGCCCAAGAAGGAACUUGAGGAAUGACCUUUUAGUAGCAGCUGACUCCAUCACCAACACUGUGUCCUCUCUGGUCAAAGAGCUGCACUCUGAUGAAGGUAGGGAGGAAGAAGAAAGACUCAUUAAUGGAAAGGACAGAGCAGGUUAAACGGAUCCUGGACAAAGAAAAUACAGAGUUGAUGCAUCAUCCAAAGACUUCUCCUCUGGGGCCUGAAGUGCAGCUUGCCAGUGUCAUCCGCUGGAUAUUUCAAGCUGCGUAAUCUCUCAGCCAAUCACAAUGCUGGACACCAAACGACCCUAGGGUCUCUACUGAUGUAUAGCUGUGAUUCAGUCCUUGUCUUGUCACUGUGGUUGUCUUUUUGUUUAGUUUGAAGAAUCAUAAAGAGCCUACUGAUUUUUACUGUAAGUGUGGUCAAAGUUUAAAGGGUCAAGUAAGUCAGAGGGCCUGUGAGGACAUGAAGAGGAUUGAGGACAUGUUGUAAAGAAGUUUGAGGAUGUUUUAAACAAAGAGAAAAGUAAGAGGAUGAAAGCUUAAUGAGUUGUAAUGUUUUCAUUUUUGGCACUGUGUGCUUAGUAUUUAUUGGUGUUUGAUUUUUCCUUGAUUUGAGUGUGUUUUUGCAUGUGGUCUGGCCCUGCUGAGACUAUAAGCUUUUAAGGGACUAAUCCCAUUUUAUUAAAGGGGUGGUUUGGCUUUUUAACUUUGUUCAAUGAGACACUCUAGCAAAGUUUUAGUUGUCAGUAGUUAUCAGUGGAAGAUGAAGUUAGUAUAUAAUAGUAUUAUUAAUAAUACAUUGCAACAGAUUUUUCUAGGAUUUUUAAAUAUAAACCACAUUUGGAAUGGUUUAUAUUUAAUAAAUACUACUUUUGAAUGAUCUUCUAAAUUAAAAGUUAAUUCACAUUUUUCAGACAUUGGACCUUUAAAAAAAUGACUGACAUGGGUUAGCUCUCAGAACAAUGAUAAAAAUGUUGAGUCACCACUUUAAGUCAUGCCUUAGUGGCUGAGGUGUAAAGGGAGACGCAGUAGUCCCAUUGUGGGUCUAAGGCCUGGAGUAGAGCUAUAGGUGCUAUAGUGUGAAGUAGCUCAGGUUUGUCCAGGCCUCUGUGUGUUGUGGUACUGCAGUGGUAGAACAAGAAUUGUAACUUUCUUUUGUGUGGUUGUGUGUGUGCUAGAAACUAUCCAAAAAAAUAUACAGUAGAUACUUUUCAAAAGGUCAAGGGAAGGUUUAGAAAGAAAUGUUUUUCUACAUUGCAACUUUGUAAAGGGAUGCACAUUAAGAGAUCUCAGCUGGUUUUAUUUGAGAAUUACAUGACUGUUUCAAAGUCAUGUUAUUUAUUACUUACCAGAGUGGCACAUGUACUGUAUUUAGAAUCUGUGCAACUGAUUCAUAAGCCUACCAAAAUUGAAUUCAAAAUUGAAAUCCACCCCUGGAGCAUCUCUUUUUUUUUUUUAUGUCAGGAACUUUUUAACAUGUUCAACCGAUUUCAAUAUAGACUUUAAUUUUAUAGGUUUGCUGCAUGACUGAAAAAUAAAAGCCUGUAAGAACUAAUUUGCUGUUGAUGAAGCUAUGACUGAAUUUUAUUUUCUUUAACAUGAUCAAACUGCCAACUGCAUGACAUGGCUAUAGUUUGUACAAUAGCAUGUUUCAGUUUUUUUUGCCUUAUGCUUGGCUUGUACAUUUUGGAAUAAGCUUUUAAGUUUGACUGAAGUUUUCUCUUUAUUAUUGGGUGCGUCUGAUUAAGUGAAUGUGUACAUGUUUGUGUGGUAUAUGUGUGACUGGUGAGUGAGACAAAUGACAAAUUGUAAACAAGAUGAGCUCAGAACUUUGCCUAAGAGACUAAGUGUGACGAGUGUGCAUCUGUGUUAUUUCAAUAAAUAUUUAACUAUAUCAA